UCCUUAUCUUCCGCAAGUGCAUUCCUCAAGGAUACAUUCGGUAAAGGCAAGGACAAAGCCGCAGAAAUCAAGGAUGAAACCGAAAAGAAAGCCGAAUCCGCUGCUGAUUCGAUGAAGGAUAUGUUCAAGAAUGCCCAAGACAGCGCCAACAAGGCUUGGGAUGAUACUGGAAAGGGCGUUUCAUCAGCCUACGACAGCGCCAAGAAUAAGGUAUCUACAUUUGCCAGUGACGCUCAAGCGGAGGCGAAAAAGGCUGGCGAGACCACUGCCGAUACAGCACAUGACGUCGGAGAGAAACUGAAACAUACCGCACAUGACGUUGCCAGUGCGGGUGAUGCAAAGCUUCACUCCGCUGAAGACAGCGCAGCGAAAGCUCUCGAACACGCGAAGCAGAAGGUCGGCGAGUUGACGGAUAAGGCUUCUCAGAAAGCAACUGAACUGUCGGCUCAUGCUCGUGAAGAAGCAAAGGCUGCUGAGGCCUCUGUCAAAGAUGCUGCUUCGGCUGCUGCCCAUAAGGCACACGAGUUGGGGAAAUUCGCCGAUGACACGACGUCGUCGGCGAUUGCCGAGGCAAAAUCGGAAUUAGCCGAGGCAUGUGAUGCAAUUCAAGAACGAGCUACAGCCAUUGUCGAAGAAGUGAAACAUAUCACCGAAACUUCUCCUCAGUCUCCAGAUAAAGUUCCAGGGCAGGCGGCCAGUGCAAAAGUUGCUGGACAAGUUGAUGAGGUGACCGGCGCUGAAGCACCAGAGAAAGACUUCAUAGCGAACGUCUAUCAUGAGGAUGUUGUCGAACAUGCAAUGGAUGAACAGAAAAAGGGACCAUUGCUAGAAUACGUGGGCGACUUUUGGCAUAUGAUUACAUCAGAGAGUAGCAAAGUGAUUGUGAUGUUAUGCAAUUUCAACGAAGGGAAACAUGAGAAAUGCUGCUUGUACCUGCCAAAAGAGAAGAAGGAAGUUGGAAAUUUUGGUGGAUUCGCAGUAGCUGUCAAGGCAUCGAAACCUGAUCCUUUUGAAAACAUCAAGCAUACUGAACUGGAAGUAAAGUACGGCGAAGGUAAAACUUUUACGGUCCACCAUUUGGCAUAUUUCGAGUGGCCUGACCAUACGGCACCGCUAAAUCCCGGGCCUACGGUUGGAAUGCUGAAAUUAUCACGAACGUUGGCUGCAAAACAUCCUAUUACGGUACACUGCUCGGCUGGAAUCGGACGAAGUGCCACGUUUGUCGGUAAGUUUGCUCAAUUCUCAUUGUUCUGGGACUACAGGACCUCGACACGUAAUUAG